AUGGAAUUAAUGAAUGCAUCACUCGAUCAUUUGUAUACCUUUGCUUAUCAUAAACUUGAUCAAUUUAUAGCCGAAAAUGUUCUUGCCUAUAUCAUAUUUGUUGUAAGACAUUAUCUUAAUAAACAUGAACGCAUUGAUCCAAUAGAAAUAAUUGGCGAUGAUUAUGAUGAACGAUCUGAUGUUUGGUCACUUGGAUUAACCAUUUAUGAAUUAUCUACAGGAUAUUAUCCUUUCGAAGGUAGAACAAUUCCGUUUGACAAUAUGAAACAGAUUGUUUUCGGACCUUCAUUAGAACUGACACUCGAUCGACUUUCUGAUCAUUGUAAAAACUUUUUAAAUACAUGUCUAAAUAAAGAUCGUAAUCAACGGUCAAAAUAUGAACAAUUGUUGAAACAUCCAUUUUUACAACAAGAAAGCGAAUCACAACAAAUGGAAUCUAUUUUUGCUUAUUUUCCUGAUACAAUUGAUCGUCUUCAACAGAAUAUGAAUGAAUCUAAAUGA